AUGAUAAUACUCUGCGGAUUCAAAAAGACGGAACAACAAAAAGUGAUAAAAAAGAAGACAAAGCCUCCACCGCGAGAACCGUUGCCAACGGAACCACUACUCCAAGCUCCGCCCAAUCGUCACUGGCCGACGCUAGCUGUCGUACCGGAAUCACAACCGGCACGCUCCGACCGCUCAACUCAUCUUCAACAUUACAGCCACCACUGCAGCCCACCGCAAAGCCGUUUCAUCGGUCACCUCCAAAACCACCGCGUCGUCCGAUUCCGCAUCAUCCGAUCUCAGAUCCGCAACCGUCUAAUUCAGCUCCGACACCACCUUCGACUACCGUCCAAUCCCCUCCAACCACCGCAGACGUUCGGGACUUCCACACAACUAAGGUAA